AUGGAUCAACCAAGCCAUGGGGAUAUUCCAGGAACUCCCGCAUAUGAAAAGCGCAAGGCAGAUGCAGUCCCGGAUAUCGUGGUCCCGGCUUCGGGUGAGAGUACACAAGGGUCAUUGAGCCUCCAAGCAGAGCAACAGAGCACGGAGUCAAACGAGAUCACCACUCCUGAUACGACGGUCCCUGAGACAGUCCUCUCGAGAGUGGACUCUUUGCCGAGUGACGACACAGAAUUGGCUCACCGGGCUCACAAAAGCCAGCCUGGAGAUGCCGCACCAGACGUCACAGAAACUGUUCCAGACGCACCAGACCCAACCGCCCCCAGUCAUGCUCGACCAGAGUCUACUGUGGUUGGCGAAAUGACUGAGGAUCAGGUUGCACCCGACGACUUUGACGAUUUCGCAGAAGGCGAGGAGAUGGGCGAUGACGACUUUGGAGAUUUCGACGAUGGUUUUCAGGAGCCCAGUGUCGAUGUCCCCGAGGAUGAGCACAGUCAGAUAGGCACUCAGCCUCCCACACCACCUCAAGUUCCAUCUAUCAUGGACUUGGAUUCUCUCCAGGCCCUUCCUGACCUCUUGGCUGCUCUUGAAGAGCCCCUCGACUGUCUGUAUCCCACUACCAAAGAAAUCUCAUCGUUACCACCGGUAGAACCCAUCCAAAAUUCCUCUGCCAUCUUCAACACCGAGCGCUCUCUCUCUUUAUGGUCUCAGCUUGUCGCACCUCCACCCUUACAACCCCAGAAUUGGGUCAAGUCGCGAAUCCGCCGGCUUUUCCUGGUAUCGUUGGGCGUGCCUGUCGAUCUGGAUGAAAUCCUUCCGGCUUCAAAGCAGAAGAAACUCAUACUUCCGUCGAUGAAUGAAUAUGGCGGGUCAACGACUCAUUCGCGUUCCCACAGCCAGGUCAGGAAAGAUGGGGCACAGAGUGGCCCGAACAGCCCACGAACAUCGGGAGCCGCGUCCCGCCAACGAUCCUCCCGGCGGCGUGAACCGUCUCCCCCGCCUGAUCUUGACCUUUCCUCUGUCCGUCGGCUCUGUGCCACCACAGACGCAGCUCUAGAUGGGCUCACUGAUCCGGAAUUGCAGGGCCAUGUCAAAGAGCUUGAGCAGGUUACCCUCCGCGCUAGUUCAGUGCUGGAAUACUGGCUCAAACGACGUGAUGGACUCGUCAGCGAAAAGGAAGCAUUUGAGGGUGUGAUUGAAAAUCUGGUCAGUCAUGCCCGACGUGUACGGAAGUAA